AUGUUGGAAGUGACGGAGGAUGUCCUCCAGGUUCUAAGUGGUGACGGGAUCAUGAGCGUUCAGGCGUUUACUUCCUGGGUGCUGAACCACUCCAAGCCCCCCACCCCGUCUGCCUCCACACCUUACAGACAGCUCAAAAGACUACACUCCUCACAGCCAUUCGAUGAGACGGGCCGUAGAACCAGCGCUAUGACGAGCACCAUCGGGAUGCGUCUGUUCUCCACUCUGGACGAUGGGACAGGGUCCGYUCCUGYUGAGGACGUCCUGGAUGCCUGGAUGGAGGAGGGCGUCGAGAACAGCACCGAGAUACUACAGGCCUUGGAUUUUGACCUGGAGGGCAAAGUGAACCUCAGGGAGCUGACUGUGGCUCUGGAGAACGAGCUCCUCAUGACUAAGAAUGGGAUCCACCAGGCUGCACUGGCCAGCUUUAAGGCUGAGAUCAGAUACCUUCU